GCAAAAUAAUGCCGCAAAAGUGUGUAAUAUGUGGCGAAACCCGUGGGUACUUCCAUCGGAACCUGAUCAAACUAAAGACUAAGUAUUCGGGAACCUCGGUGUGCGGAUUGCUGGAGCGUUUUAUAGAGCACAGUUUGGAAGAUCAGCACGAUAACUUGGCCGACUCGGCCACUUGCCAGGAGUGCUAUGGCAAGAUGAAUGAAUACGAUGCCGCACACACGAAGGCCAAAAUAAUCCAAAAUGAAAUGCUCGAUUUGCUGAAAAACAACGACCUUGGACUGGUGUUCGUGUUCGACGAAAAACAGUUCCAGGAGGAACUGCAAGAUCACCACGAGAAGCCACUGGAUGAAAUCUCUGCUGCUGUUGCUGCUGCUCCGCUGGAGAUUGCGUUGGCCGGGGAAGAACAAACCAAGCUGUACCUUUCAUUGAAAUGCGGAACUUGUGGCAUUAUUUUCGACGAUUUGAUAGAUGCAAAAAACCAUUCGUAUCAGUACAAAAACCACACCUUAGAGGAAAUUCUGCCACCUAUCAAACGUGAGCUGGUACCUGCGGGUGAUGAGUAUGAAGAGGAAUACAUUGGGGUUGACUACACCGAUGCAGAGUUUCUAGAAUCGGAUGCCGAAGGAAUGUCCGAGAAGGAAGCGGACCACAGCGAUGCGCAACGGGGAGGAGAACAAGCGGCACACAGUAUGGCUGUUGAAUGCUUCUUUUGUGAUUUGACCUUUGAGUCGCGGACCGAGCGUAAGUUUCACCUGGACGAAGAGCAUUCGAUGAUCGCAGAGAACAAGUGCAAGUUGUGCGGCAUUGUUGUCAAAUCACGAGCCGCUCUCGCUAGCCACAUACUGAAGCACACUCGCCGAACAGAGCUAGAGUGCGAGGUGUGCAAAAAGUCGUUCUCAGUGAAGGCGACACUUCAGCGUCACAUGGCCAUUCACACGCGCGAAACCGCUUACCAGUGUCAUGAGUGCGGGAAGCGCUACAUCCACUAUUCGUCUUUCUACAUGCAUCAACUGGUCCACAAGAACAUACGGGCGAAAAAGUGUGACAUCUGUGGUUACGCACUCCGAUCGUCGUCCCAUUUGAAGCGACAUAUGCGUGCUCACUCUGGCGAAAAACCGUACGCUUGUCCCGACUGUGGCCAACGAUUUGCUCAAAGGUACAACAUGAUGUCGCACCUGAACACCCAUCGGGGAAUCAGUCGGUCGCGAAACGUGUUCCCCUGCCACCUGUGCGACGAAACAUUCGAUCGAAAUGUAAAUCGGAAAAAACACCUUCAGAGUGUCCACGGCACAACGGUCGAACCUUUGAAGAAUGCCUCUACCGACAAGAAAAGGAAACUCGCUGCUGUACAAAAGAAGGUCGCCGUGGGCCCAAAGAAGAUUGAAAGAGCGGUUAACCCAUAAUAGUGCGUAACGAACGGUACACAGAACGAGAUUCAAGGAGGCCACACAGAAUCUUACCAUUGUAUGUUUUGAAUAAGGUACGGUGAACAGCACCUAUUUAGUAAUAACUAUCUCACAGCGUUUUAAUUUGAUCCUAUUCAAAACCGUUAUCGUUGCUCAAUAAAA